AUGAGAAUCGCUUGGAGUCUCGACCUCCCCUCGUUCCUGGAUCGAUGCAAGUGGGGCCAGCUUCCCAUUACACUCCGACCGGCGUACGAAAAACCCUCCAGAGCACAUGGCCACAGUGGAAUGUGAUGGGAAGGAACGCCUUGUUCGAGUGAUCACUUGAGGGUAAAUAAUCCGGCUCGGUGGAAGACUUCAAGCCAUCUACAAAGUUCAAAGGCCAAAACAUCCUUAAUUCGUGCUCAAGUUGUCCCUUUAGGGAUUGAAGUGAAAGAAAUGAAGUAUUGUUCAAAGACAUACACUGUGUUCAAUCACGGGCAAAGUCCAAAAAGUCUCAAAAAGGACUUUUGGAAAAAAGGCCUUCAAAAGGUCUCAAAUGCGCCUUUUUUCUAGACCUUUUUCUGAAAAGGACUUUUAAGGAGGACUAGAAAAACAAGGCUAAAAAAAGAAGAUUCCGAGACACUUUUGACACCUUUUUAGGAACUUAAAAAAGAGCUUUAGCUUCUUCUUUUUAAGGUCGCUUGGACUUUCGCUGUGAUAAGGUAGGACCCCUCGAUUUUGACUUUCUGGCAAAAUGCGGAAAGAUAUGAGCAGUAAAAAACGGGUUCUGAGAUGAAAUCAGUACCUUGUCGAGCUUUUCAUAGCGAAUAGAAAAAUCUACUUGAAAAAAAGCAGAGAUAAACACUUUUGAAGAAAAUCUUCUAUUUCAUAUAUCAGGGUUUGGGAUCGGACCCCUAAGCCCCUAAAUCUCAAAUGGUCCCUAUAAAGUUUUCCAAUUUUUUUUUUACAGAUUUGAAACCGCAAAGGAAAUCAUGAAGGAUUAAUACUCUGUUGAAAAAAAUUUUUCAUAUAAUGCUAAUUUAUUGAGUUUUUCGCAUGGAGGAGCACUGUAUUUUGAAAAUUUACACACACAGCGACGCAUUGGUCCUCAUUUUGCGAUCGAUCAAAAUUUAAGUUUUUUUUUCGUUUGUUAGUUUUCCUGCUCAAUGUGGUUCAGUUCAGUUUGAAGACUCAGCGGUCAUGUUUUUCACAUUUGUGGAAGGAUUGAGGUACCUUUUUUUUUCAAAAAAAAAAAACAUUUUCUACGCACUAGUGUUUAAAACUUGCGUUUUUUUUUUCGUUUGAAAAGAAAAAAGUUAAGGUUUUUGAUUCCAUUAAACCUUAUGCUUCACUGUCAUAAUUUUAAAAAGAGAAACUUCAAAAAAAUCAGCCUUAUCUCAUAAAAACACGCAUGUACAUAAUUAGUGAAAUUCGAUAAGACUGUCCAAAAAUAGUUUGAAAUUUUGCAGAAAGGCCAGAGAACGGUUGGAAAUAGCAACCAACCGGAUUGGCAAAGUGUGAUAAGAGAAUACGAAUCCAUUUGGGGAAAUGUAUCAAUCGAAUUUUCUUCUUCUGCUUUUCCGUGUGUUUUCAUUGAGAUUAGAUCAAUUUGGAAAAACAUUUUGUGUUGAAAUUGUGCAAUUUUCAGUUGA